UUCUAGGCUUUCAAUUGCUUUGGUAUAAGGCGGCAGAUACAAUGAUUUUUACAGCUAAAUCCACGUUUUGUUUUUGUGUCCAGUACAGAAAAUGGAACCAGAUCAGCCAUGCUAGGAGUUAAACAGCUUUCGUCCGAUCGGCAAGCUACAGGAAGUUGCACAAAGCCUGUCCACAACUACUGCUCUAUCUUUUUGUAAUUGUUGCAUGGACUUACGAGAGCCCGCUGUAAUUAGCCAUGGACAGCGAGAAUCAUAAUCCAAGAAGACGGUUCAGAAAGUGGUUCAAGGGAAAGCACAAGAGAGCUGACCAUAAUCAACUGAGUCAAGUUUCAGAUGGGGGUGAAGACGAAAGUGAAGAUUACUUGGAUGAUAUUCUCUUUCAGUCCAUGGAAAUGGAUCCAUGCACUUCAACAAUUGAGUUGAGAGUCUUUGUGGGGACUUGGAAUGUUGCUGGAAAGUCUCCCAUAGGAAGCUUGGCGGUGGAUUUGGAUGAGUGGCUGAAUCUUAAGGAUGCGGCAGACAUGUAUGUUCUUGGAUUUCAGGAGAUUGUGCCUUUGAAGACCCGAAAUGUAAUUGGAGCCGAAGACCCAACCGAAGCAAGAAAUUGGAACCUGCUGAUAGGGAAAACUCUCAAACGAUAUGGGUGCCCUUGGUUGACUAUAUGGCAUCCGAUUCCAAGUGAGAACUACCACUAUACGUCAAUGAGAGAGCAAUCAAGAAGCCAACAUGAAAACCCAAAGGGGGUCAGCAAGUACAAGCUAAUGGCAAGCAAGAAGAUGGUAGGAGUGUUCAUUAGUGUGUGGAUGAAAAGUGACUUGGUCAGCAAGUAUUACAUUUCAAAUGUUAAAGUUUGUUCAGUGGCCUGUGGCAUCAUGGGUUAUUUGGGAAACAAAGGUUCGGUUUCAGUGAGCAUGACAAUCGAAGGAACUAGUUUCUGCUUUGUUGUUGCCCAUUUGGCUUCCGGUGAGAAGAAAGGAGAUGAAGGCAGAAGGAACCAUCAAGUCUCAGAGAUUUUUAGGCGAACGUCCUUCCCUCGAUCUCCUGCAGAUGAUGAUAUCCCUCAUCCUCUCACCAUCUUAGGACACGAUCGGAUAUUCUGGUUUGGGGAUCUCAACUAUAGGCUAUACUUGGAGGACAAUUCAGCCAGGCAGCUGAUAAAGAAACUAGACUGGAGAGCACUGCAAGAGUUUGAUCAGCUUCGUAGGGAACGAGAAUAUGGUGGGGUAUUUCAGGGAUGGGAUGAGGGAGCUAUAGAAUUUGCACCAACCUACAAGUAUUCUUCAUCCAAUUGCAAUCGCUACUCAGGUGGGGUUCCAAGCAGAUCAGGAGAGAAGCAAAGGACUCCAGCAUGGUGUGAUAGAAUUCUGUGGUACGGAAAGGGGUUGACACAGCUUUCCUACUUCCGUAGCGAGAGUAAGUUCUCUGACCAUCGGCCCGUCUCUGCCCUCUUCUCUACACAGGUAGAAGUAGUGAACUCUACUAAUCCAAGAGUGGUUUCAAGGCAUACCAUUCUUCCCACCAUACCACCUCCUGUUGAAACCGAGCAGAGCAACCAUGAUGAGGCCGAAUCUACAUUGAUAUCAUUGAUCAUAAAGGAUUUAGAAGCAUCACCAACACAUAAUACAAGAUGUAUAGAACAAAUAGAUGACAGUGAUUGCAGCUAGCCUUUGGCACAUCGUGUUGUUGCAUGCGUGCUCUAAAUUGUGUCAAGAAAUUUUUAAUCUUCUUUCCAGUGACCUUUUUUCUUCUU